GCUGUGGCUAUCAGCCACUUCAAAGGUCCUUUUUGCCACAUGUUGACUCAAUACCUAGACUAUUACAGCAAUGACUUGAGCUGCAAAAGACCCUAGUGAGCCUCAUCAGAGUGCAAAUCCUGGAUUCUGUGGUGCCGGGGUUUAUUUUCGUGUUGAAUUCGUCUAGAAAACCCCGCUUUCCACCCCUAAUAACAUGCUCUCGCUUCCAUUUCGAUUGCGUCCUUUGGUCUUUGAUCCCUGCCCGGAGGCCCCCCUUGAGAUAUGGAGGGAACCGGGCCUAGUGGUCCACAAAAUUUUAUGAGAGAGCUUUGGACCAACAUCCAGGCGAGAAUGCACAAGAAAGGCGACUCGUCUGCGACAUUCAUCCCUCGAGAUGCCAUAGAUGACAUCUGGACCAACGACCGCCUGGAACUGUUUAUCCAGCACACGAAGCCUGGUUUCGACUCAUCAAGGAUACCGACUAUAAAGGCCUCUCAUUUGAAGACGAUCUCAACUUUAAUCUCCAUCGGCUGGGAUGAGUGGACACGGUUCUCCCAUAUAUUUAUACACACCGAGGGUCGGACUGAUCAGGAUAUUCCCCGCUACGACCUCGCGGCGCUCCGUGAUACCAAUUUCCUGGGGGAGGAAUGGGCGUUCAAAUUUUUAUUUGAGCGAGUCAUAUUUUGGCCGAUUGAUAUUGAGGAGGGAGAGAAUAAUGUCAAGCCCAAGGACUGGAGAUUGCCUUUCUUAGAGGCACGGUCCGAGGACCUGGGCCGAGGAGCAUACGGAAGUGUCACGAAAGAGGUCAUUCCCGCCGUCCACUAUCGGCCGUCUGAAGAAAGAUCAUUCCACAGAGGCCCCGCUGGCGGAGAGGUACCCGUAGCCUGCAAACGGUUUUCGAACAGCAGCGAGUUCAAGUACGAGACCAAAAACCUGCAGACGCUCAAGAAAAGUCUCAUCAAACAUGAUCGGAUCGUCUCUUCCCUUGCGACAAUCGAAGUUGGAAACGACUUUUAUAUUCUAUACCCCCUGGCGAUGAUGGACCUGGAAAGAUUUCUCGAAGGAGGCCUGAAUAACGGCGCUGGGUUCACCGUCCCAGAGAUCCUCCGCGAGGCUUCAAAUCUCGCCAGUGCCCUUGCCUUCUUGCAUGAUGGGCUUGAAAUUGACUCACGCCCAGUCUGCUGUCACAUGGAUCUCAAGCCGGCCAAUAUCCUGGUAUACCCGAACCCCAAAGCCCCCGCAGUGGGAAACUGGCAGAUCACGGAUUUCGGAAUAUCCAUGAUGACCCAAACCCAGGGGGGUCUUAUGGUGCCUACCAAUCCCGAUGGCUCUGCAUAUACAAUACAACGAUCUCCGUUAGUCCGAGGGGAAAUGCCUUACCAUCCGCCUGAAGUUCUGUACGGACAGUUCGGACGUAGAAGUGACGUCUGGUCGCUGGGUUGUAUCCUCGUGCGUAUAAUAGCCUUUGCACUGAAUGGGGCAAGUGGACUGCGAGAGUUGGAUCUGAAACGACGGAAAGAUACGGAUGGAAUCACCGACUACCCCGACGAUCAUUUUCACCGCACCUCCCCCGAACUGAGUUCCCAUGUCCUGAAUCCACACAUCAAGUCGUGGCUGGAUGGGCUCCCUCACGCCGGAUACAACUUGCACUCGGACCUGCUGAAUGGGUUGUGUGAUUUGCUAUCGCUCACGCUGAGAAUCGAGAAAGCUAGUCGUCCGUGUGCAAGCGAAGUAAAGGACAUACUUCGCCAUUUGGCACUAGUCGCAGAAGGCUCUAUUCAAGGCUACCACGUCAGAAAGGAAUCUCUGUCGUCAGUGAACACCAUCCGCACAUCCGAAGGAGAUCUAACGUCUCUAGACUCCAAAGCCACAGCCAUCACUCCUUCAGACUGUACGAGCGCUCCCACUCCACCGGCGGACGCCCGUUUGAUCGAUGCAGUGACAAACUCUCUCACCCAAGAUCUGGAAUUGCUUCUGUCCGAGAAGCCGACACCCGACCUCGACCGGCAAAGCUCUGACAAGAAAACACCUUUGUACCUUGCCGUAGAGCGGGGAAGCCUUGACAUGGUCCAGACUCUAUUGGAGGCAGGCGCAGCGGUCGACGCGCCAUCCGCAGAUAAGCUAACAGCGCUCAUGAAGGCCGCGCGAGACGGCAAUAUCGACAUUGUCUCAAAGCUGUUACUCUCCGGCGCCGAUGCUACGGCGACCUCAGCAGACGGGCUGACUAGCCUGCAUUAUGCAACCUACUGCAGAGCAGAAGGAGCGAUCCUGAUCAAUUGUUUCAAAGAACGCGUACCGGAAUUAGAAUUAGACCUGCCCAACUGCCACACUAAAGAAACGCCUCUCCUGACCCUAUUGAAGAACUACGAGGGCGGCAUCCUAUGGCGCGACAAAUUUCUAGCUUUGCUAGAUGGUGGCGCUAACAUGAACUGCGCUGAUCACAGGGGCGUUACCCCGUUCUCCUUCGCCGUCAGCCGAGAUUUCUACCAGGUUGUGCGUGUGCUUCUCAGUACGAAAACAGUCCCUAAGACAAUUCCUCCCAAAUCAAAGCUGUCCCAAAAGAUGAUUAAGGUCUUCAGAGAAGCAAACGUUGCUUUGCCGGCCAGGCCUUCAUCCGACUUUUUCCGUUUCCUGCGCCGUUGAUGUCUCCGGUGGUGACCUUGUUUUAUAUUAGCAUAUUAUACCCAUGCUUGAGUGUUGU